GAAGAAAAAGAAAAAUUUGUAAAGUUUUCAUAGACAAAAACAACAAUUUCAUCAUUUUGUGAUUUUCCAAGAAAUUAAAUAUAAUUAGCAAUGAAAGCUCGAUUUAAUACAUUCGAUAUAGUUUGUGCCUUAGCGGAACUAAAGUUCCUUGUUGGUCACAGAGUAAAUCAGAUUUACGACAUUGACAAUAAGACUUAUUUAAUUCGUUUGCAUAAUAAUGAAGAGAAGAAUGUUUUACUGCUUGAGUCAGGCACAAGAAUUCAAAAGACAGCAUUCGAUUGGCCCAAAUCACUUUCACCUUCAGGUUUCACAAUGAAGCUUCGAAAACACUUGAAAAAUAAGCGAUUAGAGAUGAUUGAACAGAUGGGAAGUGACAGAAUUAUUGAUCUACAAUUUGGUACAGGCGAAGCUGCAUAUCACGUCAUUCUAGAACUUUAUGAUCGAGGAAAUAUCAUUUUAUGUGAUUACACUUAUUUAAUUUUGAAUGUUCUCCGUCCACAUACUGAAGGCGAAGAGAUUAGAUUUGCUGUCCGUGAAAUAUAUCCACUAUCUAGAGCACGUUCGACUGAUGAUCAGCCAAAUAUGGAUUUUAUUAAAGAGAAAAUGAGAGAAGGAAAGCCAGGCGAUACAAUUCGUACGAUUUUAAAUCCACAUUUGCCUUUUGGUGCUUCAUUAAUUGAUCAUUGCUUGAUAACUUAUGGACUUAUUGACUGUAAAAUUGGUGGUGAACAAAAGGAAGACGAAGUUCCAGAUCAAGAAGGUCAAAAGAAAAAUAAAAAGAAGAAGAAUCGCAAUAAGGAAGCAAAUCCAGCAUUAAGAGACUUUAAGUUUGAUGAUGACACGCCAUUGCUGAUGAAUGCUAUUAAUGACAUGUACACAAUGAUGAAAAAUGGACGAGAUGAGCCAUCAAAAGGUUAUUUAAUCCAAAAGAAGGAAGCUAAACCAUCCACAGAUGGAAAUGAAGAAUAUUUCUACACAAAUAUUGAAUUCCAGCCUUAUUUAUACAAUCAAUAUCUAAAAGAGCCUGUAAAGGAGUUCCCAACAUUCUUACAAGCUGUCGAUGAAUUUUAUUCAAGUUUAGAGAGUCAAAAAAUUGACUUAAAAGCUAUUCAGCAAGAACGAGAUGUGAUUAAGAAGCUUACACACAUCAGAAAUGACCACAUAAAGCGUAUUGAUGAUUUAGCCAAGGCACAACAAGCUGAUCGCUACAAAGCUGAACUUAUUACAAGAAAUCAAAUUUUAGUUGACAGUGCAAUUUAUGCAAUGCGUUCCUUAAUCGCCAGACAACUCUCAUGGACUGAAAUUAAAGAUUUAUUAAAGGAACGGCAAGAGCAGCAUGAUCCGAUUGCUGUAAGAAUCCGUCAACUAAAGCUUGAGACAAAUCACAUCAGUUUAUAUCUAGAAGAUCCAUACCAAAGUCUUGAAAAUGAUUCUGAUGACGAGCUUGAAGAAGGAGAACAGCAGUUGAUGCCACAGACAGUUGACAUUGACUUGUCACUCACUGCUUACUCAAAUGCUACGAGAUAUUAUGAACAGAAGAGAACGGCUGCAAAAAAGGAACAGAAAACAAUUGAAGCUGGUGACAAGGCACUUAAAUCAGCUGAAAGAAAGACUAAGCAAGCAUUAAAGGACGUUAAGAUCCAAACAACAAUCACAAAAGCAAGAAAAGUUUAUUGGUUUGAGAAGUUUUAUUGGUUUAUUUCGUCUGAGAAUUUCCUCGUUAUUGGUGGACGUGAUCAACAGCAGAAUGAGGUAAUUGUAAAGAAGUAUAUGCGUGAAAAGGAUGUUUAUGUGCAUGCUGAGAUCCAAGGUGCCUCAUCUGUUGUCAUUAAAAAUCCAAGUGGUGAAGAAAUUCCUCCAAAAACUUUACUUGAAGCUGGAACAAUGGCUAUUUCAUACAGUGUUGCUUGGGACUCAAAAAUUGUCACUAAUGCUUAUUGGGUUAGAAGUGAUCAGGUGUCGAAAACAGCACCUUCGGGUGAAUAUUUAUCAACUGGUAGCUUCAUGAUCCGCGGCAAGAAAAACUUCCUUCCACCAUGCCAUCUUAUGCUUGGCUUGAGUUUUCUAUUCAAAUUAGAAGACGGUUCCAUUGAAAGGCACAAAGGUGAAAGAAAGGUAAGAAAAUUUGACGAUGACACAGCAAGCAUUAUGACUGAGCAAGAAGAAUCGAUACACGAAGACGAAGAAAUUCGUCUAGAGUCAGACGGCGAGAGUGAUGGUGAUGAACAGCAAGAAGAAUCAUCAGAAAAGCAAGAAGUGGCUCAAAAAUUGACAGAUUUGGUUAUUGAGGAAGAAAAUGAAGAAUCGAGCAGUGACGAGGAUAGUAACGCAUUUCCAAACACACAUAUUAAGAUUGAGCACAAUACAGGAAAGGUUGAUAUAAAGCCUGACCCAAAACUUGAAAGAAUGAUGUCUGAAAGUGCCAAAAAUGAGGAUGAAGAAGCAACACUGAUUCAAGCAGCGCCACUAAAGGUAAAGAAAAUGGAAAAGAAAUUAAAGCCACAAAAGAAAAAUAAACAGCAACAACAACAAGAGCAACAAGAAGUUAAAGAUGAUAAAAGUGGACCAAAACGUGGUCAAAAAGGAAAAAUGAAGAAAAUUAAGCAAAAGUAUGGCGACCAAGAUGAAGAGGAAAGAGCUUUAGUUAUGGAAAUAUUAAAAUCAUCUGGAUCUGGUAAAGACAGCCGUAAAACGAAAAAGCAGGAAGAAGAAGAAACUUUCCAAAAGUCAAAGGCAAGAAAUCCACAACCGAAACCAAAACAAGUUGAAGAUGCUGACGAUACGCCAAUUAAUGAUGAAUUAGACAUGUUAGAGUCUCUCACUGGCUUGCCAGCUGACGAGGAUGAACUUUUAUUUGCUGUUCCCGUCGUUGCUCCAUAUCAGACUCUUCAUAACUAUAAAUACAAGGUAAAAUUGACACCAGGAACUGGAAAGCGUGGUAAAGCAGCGAAAAUGGCAGUUCAAAUCUUCCUUAAAGAUAAGACUUGCACUAAUCGUGAAAAGGAUUUGUUAAAGUCUGUGAAGGAUGAAGUAUUGGCUAGAAAUAUUCCAGGAAAAGUUAAAAUAUCUGCUCCACAAAUGCUAAAAGUCAAAAAGUAAAUUUAUAGUUUACAUUUUCACAUGGAAUUAAAUUUUGUGAAUUAAAAUAUUUUUGAGUUUCUUUUGUUACGAAGGUUUAAUAAAAUUAUGUUUAAAUCCUUAACUUUCGAU